AGAGAGUCGCUCCUUGGUAUCCUAGGUUCCUUCGCUUUCGCUCUCCGCUCGCUUUCGUCCAUCUCCCCAUCCGGGCGAAGGAGCUCCGGAAACUGGAGGAGCGUCUCUCAAAGGACUGCGCUGAUAACGAGCUCCGAUCGGCGAUUGAUAAGGAUUGCUUAGCACUAUUAGCCGAUCAGCCAUUGAUUCUCGGACCUGUAGUAUCAGUGAAGGGGAAGCGGCGAGCGUGUUUGGCGCGCGUCAGUCCUUACGGUCCUUACAAUACGUACAGUCAUCACGUCGUAGUGUAUUGCAAGAAUCCGCGCAUAUCCGCGUCCUGGUUUUCUAGACUUCGAUUCUGUUCGGCCUUGGGCUUGCCAGCAGAGAGGCGUCGCCAUGGCGCUCUCGCUGCGCCAGAAGCAGAUAGACACCAUCAUUCGCAUGCUCAAUCUCAACAGCCCCGUUACAGUCACGAUGGGCGGCCCUUCCACGUCAGACGGUGACGUGUACAAAGUGCUGCUGCUGGAUAAAUACUCCCGAGACCUCAUCUCGCCGCUGCUUAAGGUGUCCGAUCUGCGAAAGCAUGGCAUCACCCUGCACCUGAUGGUCGACGCCGACCGCCAGCCCAUUCCUGAUGUGCCAGCUGUCUAUUUCGUACAAGCCACCCCGGGCAAUAUCCAGCGGGUCAUCCAGGACGCCACCCGCGGCACGUACGACAAGAUGCACCUCAACUUCACCGCCUCCGUGCCGCGCCUGCUCCUGGAGGACCUGGCUGCGGGCACUCUUAAAGCCAACGCUCUGCACCGCGUGGCGCGGGUCUUUGACCAGUACUCCGAGUUUGUGUGUCUUGACCACGGGUUGUUUUCGCUCGGGCAGCCCGAGAGUUAUGUGCGGUUGAACGACCCAAUGGCAAAGGAUAAGGACGUGGAGGGGGCGGUGGAGAGUAUUGUUAACGGGCUGUUCUGCGUGCUGGUGACGCUGGGGGUGGUGCCGGUGAUUCGGUGCCCCGAGAGAGGGCCGGCUGAGAUGGUGGCCAGGCAGCUGGACGCCAAGCUAAGGGCGCACCUCGCCACGCAUAACAACCUCUUCAAGGAAGCAGCGGCUGGGGCGCUAGCAGCAGGAGCAGCAGCGGUGGCGUCGGGGGGAGGGGGAGCGGGGGGUGGAGCAGGGGGAGGGGGGUGGGGGGGGCUCUGGGGCUGUUCCAGCGGCCGUUGCUAUUCAUAGCGGAUAGGAACUUCGAGCUGGCGGUGGGGGUGCAGCACGAGUGGACGUACCGGCCGUUGGUGCACGACGUGCUGGGGAUGAAGCUCAACCGAGUGAGCAUCCACAAGGGAGGCGCUGGGGGAGGAGCGGGGGCCGGGAGC